CUUUCGGCGCUUCCUCGGUGCCUUUCCUUGUUUCGUCGGAAACCCCCAAACGCCCCCGCCUCCCACUUAUCUUCCACUUCUCUGGAAUCUCCCAUCGCCUCUUAUCGGCUGUCUCCGGCGAGUCUUCGGCCGUUCCUACGGGAUUUGGCGCUGUCCGGGUGGGUCCGACGGCCAGGGGACGGCUUGGGGUAGCGGCGCGGAGCUGUGCCGGUGAGGGGCGGCCGAGAUCUGGAGACUGGGAAACUGGGAGGAGCGCCGAAGGUGGAGAUCCGAUAUGUGGGCGCAUAAAAAUUCGUUUUUGUGCCGUUUUAGCUCACUUUUCUCGGGCGGCAUAGACGGCGGAAGACGGCAGUGGUUCCUGGCGACGCUGGUGUUGACGCUGACGGCCGCUGUGGCUGCCGCGGAGGAGGCACCGGCGAGUCGGAGGCACGCGUACGCGGCGAUGAUGUACAUGGGGACGCCGAGGGACUACGAGUUCUACGUGGCGACGAGAGUGAUGAUGAGGUCUCUCGCGAAGCUCAACGUCGACGCCGAUCUCGUCGUCAUCGCCUCCGUCGAUGUCCCUGCACGAUGGGUCCAAACGUUGCAAGAGGAGGAUGGGGUGAAGGUUGUUGCUGUUGAGAAUCUGAAGAAUCCAUAUGAAAAUCAAGGCAACUUCAACACCAGAUUCAAGUUGACAUUGAACAAGCUCUAUGCGUGGAGUUUAGUUUCAUAUGAUCGAGUCGUAAUGCUUGAUUCUGACAACAUUUUCCUCCAGCGUACCGAUGAGCUUUUCCAGUGCGGCCAGUUCUGUGCUGUCUUCAUCAACCCCUGCAUCUUUCAUACUGGACUUUUUGUUCUUCAGCCUUCAAUGAAUGUAUUCAAGAACAUGCUGCAUGAGCUAGAAAUUGGACGUGAAAACCCUGAUGGUGCAGAUCAGGGUUUCCUCGCAAGCUACUUUCCUGACUUGCUUGAUCAGCCAAUGUUCCAUCCACCUACUAAUGGUACAAAGCUUGAUGGUGCCUAUCGCCUGCCUUUGGGUUACCAGAUGGAUGCUUCAUAUUACUAUCUGAAACUCCGGUGGAGCAUACCAUGUGGACCAAAUAGUGUAAUUACAUUCCCCAGUGCCCCAUGGUUAAAACCUUGGUAUUGGUGGUCUUGGCCUGUCUUACCAUUGGGCCUUUCAUGGCAUGAGCAACGUCGGAAGAAUCUUGGGUAUGGUUCGGAGGUGCCAGUGUUGCUGAUCCAGGCAGUAAUCUAUUUUGGAAUCAUAGCAAUCACCCGAUUGGCACGACCAAGCUUGUCAAAGCUUUGUUAUAACCGGCGGCCAGAAAAGAGUAUUGUAAUCCUACACACCACACUCAAAGUGGCAGCAAUGUGGUCCAUUUUUGCUGCAUACACUGUCCCAUUUUUCCUCAUCCCACGGACAGUGCAUCCCCUUUUGGGCUGGCCCCUUUAUGUUCUUGGAGUUGCUUCUCUUUCUUCAAUCGUGAUCAAUGUCUUCCUGCUCCCACCUUUGCCAGUCCUCACAGUGUUACUGGGGAUAUCGGGAUCACUGUUUGUGAUGGCAUUCCCUUGGUAUCUCGAUGGUGUCAUUAGAGCUCUUGCAGUGUUUACUUAUGCCUUCUGCUGUGCUCCAGUGGCAUGGGCAUCCUUGAUGAAAGUAUCGAGUUCCUUGCAGAACCUACUUGAAAGGGAGGCAUUCUUUCCGAGACUGGGGGAGUCCACACAACUGUCUGAGUUGAACAAACUGUAUUAAUCUGCACAUAUAACCAGCUAGUCCUAUUUAUUUAGAUGAUUUUGCCGUUCACUUGUAUCGGUUCGAUGUAACCCUGUAUGGUAGUAUUAAAUACCAUAUAGAAGAAGAGGCAAAGGACUGGCUGGCGAAGAUGGGAGUGGUGAUUUUGUGGAGCAAGUUCACCUAGGGUUGCUCUGGUGUUCAGGGGACACAAUGAAUGGUGAUUAACAUUUGAUCUCUCCCCUCUUGAAUGUGAAACACUUCAAUUUGGAAAAAUGUGUGUGUGUUCUUGAUCUAUAAUUUUAGCGUGAAGAUGACAAUUA